AUGUCUCACAAGAUUUCAAAAAAUAUGAUGUGGAAGAUAUUUUGGAAGACAUUUCUAUUGAUGACAUCCAGCUCAGUCUCAGGACUUCAAUCCAAAAUCAGCCCAUUGAGUACUGAACAAUGGCAUGAAGCAGGAGAUAUGGGGCUUGGGGGCAGUGUUCUUCCAGAUGUGGAUUGGUUUCAGUUGCAUACACCACCAAGUCAAGAUCCCUUGCAAUUCCAUGAGUUGAACCACAAUGAAUGCAAAAAACCUAUCACUUGUUAUGCUUCAAGUCAUGGCAUAUCACAAAUUAAUGAUCAAAACAAACAUUUUUCUGAUUUUGAAGAAGGAUAUCAAGGAUAUGAAUCAUCUCAAGUUGGAAGUUUAUACAAUGAUCUUGAUACAUACUGGAAUACUCAUGAUCAACUAGGAAUGUCUCCACAGCCUGCUCAACUAGAUUCUGUCCUAGCCAAACCUCUGUGGGAAGGAGAGAAAAAUGAACAGCAAAGCCAAGAUAUGAUCUAUGAAUUUCCAACUUCAGAUAUUGACCACUACGGGUUUGUGGACACGGCCAAGGAAACCUUUCAUCCACACAAAAAGGCCAAGAUCACAGGUCAUGAUAUCCAUGAGAAUAGCAAAAAUCAAGGGCCAAUAGCAGAGAGCUGUAUGUAUCUUAACACUCCCCAAUAUGAUCCUUAUAUAUCUCCACACUACCUUCAAGCUUCAAUAUCACAAGAACCAAGCACAUUAGGCUACUUGCUUGAAGAUCCUGCAGAGAGAAUUGGAAUGGAAAAAAUUCUUCAGAAAAGUCAGGAACAUCCUGAUUUUUCAAACACAGACCUCUCCAGCUUUUUGCAUCCAUCACAAGUAAACUUUGAUCCCCAUAAAAGAGUUGAAAGCACAUUCUCUUCUAUCAUUGACAGACAUGAACAUUCUCUACCUGGUAAAGGGAGCCACCUUCUGGACUCAGUACUAAAACAACCAGAUACUGUGAAUGAUUUGAUUAAAAAGCUGUCAAAUUUGGAUGACAAAAACAAAUUCUUCCAGGAUAGCCAGGCCGGACCGUAUGAAUCUUCAUCUUCACACAUAAACCUCUAUGGCCCUUUGGAUAACAGCCAAUUUGACCUUUGGCCUCAUCAGAAAUUUGAACCAGCUUGCACUACCAUUGAUGAAAUUGUCAGACCAAUGAAUGAAAACACUCCUGACUUAUCUUUUCUUCCUCAGAACUGCUUCCAAGAAGCAGUAUCAAGCGAAUUAAGUGCACUUACGGGUUGUAUUCAAGAACCUUCAUAUGCAGUAAACAAUAUCCCAAGUGUGCAACUUUGGAUGGAAAAUUACCACAUGGGUUUGGAAUAUUUACACAGAAAUCCAUACAGUAAGCCAGCUGAUCUGGAUGUAAGAUUAUCACACAAUGGAUCACCAAAACACAAGGAGGAAGAGAAUGUCACAAGUCUGUUACAGGGGGAUUACUCACCAUUACAUUUGAUUGAUCUUCAUAUUCCUCAAGCACAUACCUCUCCAAGUGCAAAAGACUUUGGAGCUGCACAGUUUGUUGAACAAAUGAAUAUACAUCCAGACAUGACAUCAAUUCCAACCAGCUCUACAAAUAUGGGAAAAAGUGAUACAAUGAGAACAGAAGAAGAAUUUAAACCAAGACAUUCAGUCAGUGUACUUGGCUUUGAAUUUGCAGAAAAAUCAAUGACCCCAGGCUGUUCAACAAGAGUCACAUCAAAUCGGCUGAUUUUAGCCCUCCAACGGAUUGGUGCAUUCCUGGUGAAUAAUUCACCAAGUUUGUGUUAUGAGACAACAGUUUGGUUUGAGAGCCUACGCAAGGAGAUGAUCCAAAAAAAUCAUCCAAAACAAUCAUCAGUUGAGCAGAUUGAUCGAGCAAUAAAGAUCUCUCACCUGAAAAUUACAAUGUGCUUUAUGGGUCUCAUCGGAGUCUUUGCAAACAAUGGAGGUGACCAAUUCUCUUUGGAAACCAUUUUGAAAGAAGGUUGGCAAUUUAUUAAGCUUCAUUUUGAGGGAUGGAGGAACUUGAAUGUGAACAACAAGAAUGAAAACCAGGCAAAGAGAACUGAUUUCAACAAAGAUGACUGGAAGGACCCAGUUUUAUGGUUUCAUUACCUAAGCCUCCUUGGAAGACUUGCAGACUUGGCAGUUGAUUCAAUGUACCAUCUUAUCAAGAAAUGGGAUGAUCAAAGAACAACCUCAAAAAUCAAUGUAAAGCAUUUGUCAUGGUAUCAUGCAGAGAUCAAAACUUUCCAUGACUCACACUUGAGAUAUACCCAUGGUGGGUUUUAUGGAAGAGGAGAGAUCAGGAACAUUGCAUUUAAGGGAGUAAAGCUGUCUGGAAACUAUGCAAAAUCACCAGCUGGAGUGAAGGAAGGAAGUUGGUACACAAUCUACAAGUUUCUAUCCCAUUCUGCACAGUUUCACUCAUCUGUGGGAUUUGAUAUGUGUCAAGAGGUCCACACUUUCUUUGUUUCAUUACUUGACCAUAUAAUUAAGUCCUACAAGGAAGUACAUGAUUAUCAUAUAACAUCCGCUGUCAAGGGAUCAAGGGCAAAAGAAACCUCAUCUAAUAGAAGGCCUAAUGAUGAAAAUAUUGGAAAAAUUGUCAAGGUCAUCAGUAUGGCUGAGUACAGAGUAACUGUUGGCUUCAUAGGUCUUGUUAGAGUCCUCUACCAGAAUGAAUUACCAGUAGUUACCCUCAGGUUGGUACUCAAAAGUGCAUGGGAGUUUUUAAAAGGGAUAUUUUCACAAUGGAAGGACUUUCAAUUUGAGAAAAAUCUUCCUCAGAACCUCAAUAGGCAGAGUUUGAAUAAGCAUAGGAUUAAGUUAGAUUACACUGAUCCUAAUGAGCUCUUCAAUGUAUUGUGGCAAUUUCAAGCUGUUUCAAAAAACCCUGUGCCACUUCAUUGCUUACCACGCCUCUUCAAGUCUUGGAAUAAUGAUCUAGCAAACUUCAAAAAGUUGUAUCCAAACAAUUUCAAUUUUGAGAUCAAGGCUCUGCUUGGUGAGACACCAUCAAGUUGGUCAAAACUUUUUGAAGACAUGGAGGCUUUCACCACCUGGAACAUGUACGAAACAAAUACCGGGAAUGAUUUGAUCAGGAACCCUUCAAAGAUGGUUGCCAAAACACAAUUUGUCCAGGAUAGCGAAGCUGAACAGUAUGAAGCUUCAUCUUCCCAAACCAACCUACAUGGCCUUUUUGAUGACAGCCAUUCCAACCUGACUCCCCAUAAGGAAUCUGAACCUGUUUGCAGUACCAUUGAUGAAAUUGUCAUACCAAUGAAUGAAAACACUCCCAACUUAUCUUUUCUUCCUCAGAACUGCUUCCAAGAAGCUGUUUCAAGGGAAUUGAGUGCGCUUCCAAGUUCUAUUCAAGAUCCUUCAUAUGCAGUAACCAAUAGCCCAAGUGUUGGAAUUUGGAUGGAAAAUCACCACAUGGGUUUGGAAAACUCACACAGAAGUCCAUACAGUAAGCCAGCGGAUCUGGAUGGAAUAUUAUUACACAAAGGAUCGCCAAAACAAAAGGAGAAAGGAAAUGACAUAAGUGUGUUACAGUCGGAUCCCUCACCAUCAGAUUUGAUUGAUCUUUGUAUUCCUGAGGCUGUAGGACAUUCCUAUUCAAGUGCAAAAGACCUAGGGCCCACACAACUUGUUGAGGGAAUUGAUAUACAUCCAGACAUGCCAUCAAUGUCCAAGAGCUCUGCAAAUAUGUCAAAUGAUGACCAAAUAAGAAUAACAGAAAGAUGUGAAUCAAGGCAUCCAGCCAGUGUGAUUAGCUUGGAAUUUGCAGAAAAAUUAAUGUCCCCGGGCUAUUCAAGUGUCACAUCAAAUCAGCUGAUUUUAGUCCUGCAACAGAUUGGUGCAUUCAUGGUGAAUAGUUCACCAGGUUUGUGUUAUGAGACAAUAGUUUGGUUUGAGAGCCUACGUAAGGAUAUGAUCCAAAAUAACAAUCAAGAAAAAUUAGCAGUGGAUCUGAUUGACCUAGCCAUCAGGCUUGCUCACCUGAAAAUCACAAUGUCCUUUCUGGGUCUCAUUGGAGUCUUUGCAAACAAUGGAGGUGACCAAUUCUCUUUGGAAACCAUUUUGAAAGAAGGUUGGCAAUUUAUUAAGCUUCAUUUUGAGGGAUGGAGGAACUUGAAUGUGAACAGCAAGAAUGAAAACCAGGCGAAGAGAAUUGAUUUCAAGAAAGAUGACUGGAAAGACCCAAUUUUAUGGUUUCAUUACCUAAGCCUCCUUGGAAGACAUGCAGACCUGGCAGUUGAUUCAAUGUAUCACCUUAUGAAUGAAUGGGAUGAACAAAGAACAACCUCAAAAAUCAAUGUAAAUCAUUUGUUAUGGUAUCAUGCAGAGAUCAAAACUUUUCAUGACUCACACUUGAAAUAUACCCAUGGUGGGUUUUAUGGAAGAGGAGAGAUCAGGAACAUUGCAUUUAAGGGAGUAAAACUUUCUGGAAAAUAUGCAACAUCACCAGCUGGAGUAAAGGAAGGAAGUUGGUACACAAUCUACAAGUUUCUAUCCAAUUCUGCCCAGUUUCACUCAUCUGUGGGAUUUGAUAUGUGUCAAGAGGUCCACACUUUCUUUGUUACAUUACUUGACAAUAUAUUGAAGUUUCACAAGGACAUACACGGUUAUGAUAUAACAUCCGCUGUAAAGGGACCAAGGGCAAAAAAAACUUCAUCUCAUAGAAAGCCUAAUGAUGAAAAUUUUGAAAAAAUUGUCAAGGUCAUCAGUAUGGCUGAGUACAGAGUAACUGUCGGCUUCAUAGGGCUUGUGAGAGUCCUCUACCAGAAUGAACUCCCAGUAGUUACACUCAGGUUGGUCAUCAAGAGUGCCUGGGAGUUUCUAAAAGGGAUAUUUUCACAAUGGGAGGACUUUCAAUUCAAAGAAAAUAUUCCUCAGAAUCUAAAUAGGCAGGGUAUGAUUAAGCACAGGAUUGCACUAGAUUACACUGAUCCUAAUGAGCUCUUCAAUGUAUUGUGGCAAUUCAGAGUUGUUGCAACAAAUCCUGUACCACUACAGUGCUUACCACACCUGUUGAAGUCUUGGAACAUUGAUUUAGCAAACUUGAAAAAGUUGCAUCCAAACAAUUUUAAUUUUGAGAUCAAGAAUCUACUUGGUGAGACACCAUCAAGUUGGUCAAGACUUUUCAAGUGA